AUGAGUGGUGCUCCUUCCUCAGAUUCCAUGAUGCCGUCAGCAGCUACAUCGAAUGGUGCUGAAGAAGAAAAGAAAGAGGAUGCGGUUCCAGUGUCCGCAGUGGCGAUGAAGCUAUUGGAUAUGCGUCUGAAACCAUCUUCGGCCAUUUUGGCGUCGUGCAUUGGAGAAUACACAAAAGAAAAGGCCCAAGAAGUAGUCCUAGCCAAGUCUUCUGGAGUCUUGGAACUCCACGAAAUCCAUGCCGCUGAAGAUGGUUCGGUAUCCCUGAAACUAAUUCAACGACUGGAAACGCAUUCCAUUUUGAGAGGUUUGGUCAAUGUCCGGCUGACGGGAGAAAAGCGUGAUCUUGUGGCGGUAACCUGCGAUGCUGGAUCUCUCAGUAUUGUUGACUUUACACAAACAGCCAAGACAAAUGUUGUCAUUUUUGGCAAAACAGGAUGCAGAAGAUCAACACCCGGUCAGUACCUUUGCGCCGACCCAAAGGGCCGUGCGGUCAUGGUGUCGGCAGUGGAAAAGAGAAAAUUGGUCUACGUUCUUAAUCAUGCUACAGGAAAGACCAAUAUUGCUUCUCCCUUGGAAGCCCAUCGAGCCAGAAACAUUACCUACGAUACGUGUGGAGUGGACAAUGGAUACGAGAAUCCUGUCUUUGCUUGUAUUGAAAUUCAAUACCCAGAAGAAGAUGCAGAUACGCCAAACGAGAACAAGCAACUGGCAUACUACGAACUUGAUCUAGGACUGAACCAUGUCAGCCGAAAGUGGGCAACCAAUGUACAUCCCACUGCCUGCUGUGUUGCUUCUUUACCAGGUGGCCAAGAUGGCCCCGGUGGAGUCAUUAUUGGCAUGGAAGACGGUAUCUCUUACCAUCAUCCCGAUCUCAAGAACAAGGUCAUGAUUUGCGGAAUUCCUCGUCGAGCAUUGGAUUCCAAGAGUCGUGGCAUUCUGGUCACAAAGCUCACGGUUCAUCGACAAAAGAAAUCCAAAUUCUUUUGCCUCGCGCAAUCCGAAGUUGGGGAUGUCUACAAGCUCAGUGUGGACGUUUCUGAAGACAAGGUGGUGACUGGUAUGCAACUUGCACUGCUUGAUACCCUACCAGCGGCCAAUGCUUUGAACAUUUCCAAAAAGGGAAUGCUCUUUGUGGCUUCCGAAUUUGGCGAGCAUGGCCUUUAUCAGUUUGAACGAAUUGAACUUCCAGAUGCUCCUACCAAUGCGUCUUCUCAGAUUACUGCGACCAAUAUUGCUGACUGGAAUACUAAAAUGGCAGUGGCAUCCGCCAAGACGUUUGUCCCAACCACCCUCAAGAACCUGCGCAAGGUUUACACUUUGGACAGUCCAACUCCUACGACCGGGGUCUUGGUGGGAGAAUUAGCUGGAAAUGAAGUUUCACCGCAGAUUUAUACACUGGCCGGAAAGGGACCGACUGCUAGUCUUCGUAUUCUGAGACAUGGUGCAAGUGUGACAGAGUUGGCGGUUUCGGAAUUACCAGGUAUUCCAGGCGGUAUUUUCACGAUUGCUCAUGACGAAACCGACGAAAACGUGGGGCUAUCGAAAUACAUUGUGGUCAGUUUUGCGGAUGCCACCCUCGUUUUGAGUGUUGGUGAUACAGUCGAGGAAGUGGGCCAAGAAUCAAGAUUCAAGACUGAUGCUCCAACCUUGGCAUGUUCCACCCUGAAAGGCAAUGGAGGACUCUGUCAGAUUUAUCCCGAUGGAUUGCGGCAGAUCAAGGCAGGACAACUGCGAAACUGGGAAUGUCCUGGUCUCAAGCGUGUCGAGUCCGCAUCAUCUAAUGUCUGCCAAGCAUUGCUAGCUCUUGCUGGCGGAGAAGUCAUUUACUUUGAAUUGGACAACUUGACUGGUGAUCUGAACGAAAUGGUGACAAGAGACAUGGGGGCUGAUGUCUGCUGCUUGGAUGUGGGAACGGUUCCAAAGGGGAAGUCGCGAAGUCUGUUUGCCGCGGUUGGAUGCCGAGAUCAAACAGUGAAGAUUGUCAGUUUGGAACCCGGAAAGUUCUUGACCCAAAAAUCCAGUACUGCUCUCAAGUCAAGACCGCACAGUGUCAAACUGCAAUAUCCUGACAAUGAAAGAGGCGACAUUAUUGUGAUGAUUGGACUUGACGAUGGGUCUAGUCUUAGGGCAACGGUGGACCCUGUUACCGGUGAAAUUGGCAGCAGUCCCACUCGUCGAUUCUUGGGUGCUCGCCCAGUAUCCGUGUCUCGGAUUCCUUUGGAAGGUCGCUCCUCCAUGUUGCUGCUGUCAAGUCGGCCAUGGAUUAGUCGACUGGACCAAGCCUCUGGAAAGCACAUCAUGGCUCCACUUAGUUAUGCUCCGUUGGAUCAUGGGUGUGUCUUCUCGUCGCAAGCGGUCAAGGAAGGUGUUGUCGCAACUGCUGGAAAGACUUUGAGAAUCAUCAGUGUCGAUACAGGUGGCAUGGAAGGCGGAGACGACGAAGCCUUCAAUACCAACAAAGUACCUCUGCGGUACACUCCUCGUCAAAUGACCCUUUUAUCGGCAUCGUCGGCUGACCCAGCGCAGCGAAAGGUCGUUCUUGCUGUUGUGGAAUCAGACUACAAUGAUCUUGGCCAAGAAGCAAAGGAUUCAAUGGGAUUUGAUGCCACUGGGGGAGAAGCUGCAAAGAAGAAUGGCGACAAGAAGGGAGAUGACGAUGAAAUGGAAGUCGACAGUGACGAUGAAGAUGCAGCGGCCAAGAAGGAAGAAGAGUCUGACGAAGAACCCGAAGACGAAGAAGAAAAAGAGGCUCGAGCCACGCCUAUCCGAGGACCAAUUCCACCAGAACCUGGUCACUGGGGAUCGUGCAUCCGCCUGCUGGAUCCAUCGGAUUCCUGCCGAACGCUGGAAUGCAUCGAGUUAAACCGGAACGAGGCAGCCCUCUGUUGUACUUCGGUCCGCUUUCACACUCGCGGUGGAGAAUCUUUACUCGCCGUGGGCACUGUCACGGGCAUGACUAUGCAUCCUUUGAAGCAAACUUCCAGUCAUGUCAUUCUUUACCGAGUUGUGAAUGGUGAUCGACUCCAAUUGCUUCACCGAACCACCAUUGACGAUGGGCCGGUCAUGUCAUUGGCUCACUUUCAAGGUCGACUUCUUGUCGGAAUUGGCAAGAACUUGAGACUGUACGAAAUGGGAAAGCGCCAACUGCUUCGAAAGUGCGAAUUGCGAGGAUUGCCUACCUUUGUCAAGACCUUGCAAACCGCAGGUGAUCGUGCCUACUUUGGUGACAUGAUGCGAUCGAUCCAUAUGAUUCGUUACGAAGCCAGUGUCAAUCGACUCGUCCUGAUUGCCAGUGAUCCAAGUCCAAGGCCCAUUGUGUCUCAAGAACUAUUGGAUUGGAAUACUGUGGCAGCAGGAGACAAGUUUGGCAACAUUUGCAUCCUCCGACUUCCCCGGGGUGCUGAUACGGCCACUUUGGAUUUGACUGGUCAGCGAGCCUUGUGGGAUGCUUCUCGCGACAGUUCCACUCCCAAGUUGGAAGUUCUCUGCCAGUACUACGUGGGUGAAAUUGUAACCAAUAUGACACGAUCGUCGUUGGUGGCUGGUGGAGCCGAUUCGUUGAUCUAUGUGACUGUCACUGGUCGCAUUGGAGCCUUGGUACCAUUUACAUCCAGAGACGAUGUUGACUUUUACACCCAAUUGGAAGGAUACUUGCGAGUGGAAGCUCCUCGUCCCACUGGACGCGAUCCUCAGGGAUACCGAUCGUACUAUGCCCCUGUCAUGCAUGUUGUGGAUGGUGACUUAUGCAGCGCAUUCAAUGCUCUGUCCCACGAAAAGCAAACAGAAAUUGCCGAGAAACUCGAUCGAACUGUUGGAGAGAUUAUGAAGAAGUUGGAGGAUACACGCAAUGCAUUGUUGUAA